CACAACAUUUAGAUUAAAACACUUAAAUCAAACGAGAGCAAUGUUUCAUGUUAAGUUUUCCAUUCUCAUUUAAUUCAUUAAAUACGGAACUAACGGAAAAUUACAUUCCGGAAACGCCACCACCGCGACGUCGACUUCCACAUCCGGGUCACGUUCUCCUCAUGCUGUAGCAAGCAAGCAUGGCGGCGAAAAACAAGCAACGUAAAAAAUCUAAAGCGAGCAAUAAAGUCACAUUUCAGCCCGCAGAAGACGACAUGCAGGCCGAAAACAGUGGCGGGGAGGAAGACGAAGAUCCGGCAGAUGAUGGAGAGGAAGACAAGGGGCAGACAGAAGAGGAAGAGUUCAGCCUGGACGAGGUUUUACGGCUGGGAGGAACACAGGGCGACUACAUCCUGCUCGCAGGGCUGAACGACUCCAACGAGCUCGUGGACGGAGGAAAGAAAGGAGCGAUAGACGACCUGGCGGAGGGCGAACUCGAGAAGUUCAUCACCAAACUGGGCCUCCGAGCGUUCGCCGGAGUGCAGAUCAUCCCGGACGAGCCCGAGGGCGACGACGCUGACGCCGACGCCGACGAGACAGAAAGUAAAGAAAGUCAAAAGGCCAAAGCAAAGAAAGCUUCUGCAGAGCAACAAACAUCCAACGCUCCGCAGAAAGUUACCAACAAGCAGGAGGUGAAAGAGAAGGCGAAGAAGACUAAAGAGAAAAAGAAGCAGAACGUGAAUGUUUUUGAGUUUCAGCAGAGGAAGAUCCUGCUCGUCAAACCCGGGGGGAAGUGGUUCGACCUGGAAUACACCGCCGAGGGCUCGUCGACCGCGCAGGAUCCCUCCCUGGUGUCCCAGUACAAGACGCUCGCCCAGCAGCUGUUUGAGGCCGACGUGUCGCUCUACAAGAGCAAGAAGAACCUGCAGAAAGGAGCCAACUCCAACUGGAUGAAGACGGUCGUCUCCUCCGGCGUGCUGGCGGACAGGAUGGCGGCCAUGACGGUGCUGAUCCAGGACGCUCCGGUGCACACGGUGGACCAUGUGGAGAACCUGGUGUCCAUGGUGAAGAAGAAGGGCAGCCGGCGGAUGGGGCUGAUGGCGCUGGACACGCUGCGGGAGCUGCUGCUGUCCGACCUGCUGCCGGAGCACAGGAAGCUCCGCGCCUUCGCCGAGCACCCGUUCGACCAGCUGGAGGAGAAGGCCAGCGGCAACCGAGACGCCCGCGACCGCCGCCUCAUCCUCUGGUACUUCGAGCACCACCUGAAGCACCACGUGGCCGAGUUCGUGGCGGCUCUGGACACGGUGGCUCACGACACGGUGGCGGCCACCAAGGCGAAGGCGCUGGCGACCGCCCACGAGAUGCUGUGCAGCCGCCCGGAGCAGGAGAGGGCGCUGCUCAUCCAGGUCGUCAACAAGCUGGGAGACCCCGAGUACAAGACGGCGGCAAAAGCGUCGUACCUGCUGGAGUCGCUGCUGCACAAACACCCCAACAUGAAGGCGGUGGUGAGCUGCGAGGUGGAGCGGCUCAUGUUCCGGCCCAACAUCAGCGCGAAGGCGCAGUACUACGCCGUCUGCUUCCUCAGCCAGGUGAUGCUGAGCCACGAGGAGGCCAACCUCGCCGCCAAACUCAUCACCAUCUACUUCUCGUUCUUCCGCGCCUGCGUCAAGAAGAAGGACAUUGAGUCGAAGAUGCUGAGCGUGCUGCUGUCGGGCGUGAACAGGGCGUAUCCCUACGCCGGCACCGGAGACGAGAAGGUGAAGGAGCAGCUGGACACGCUGUUCAAGGUGGUUCACCUGGUGAAGUUCAACACGGCCGUGCAGGCGCUCAUGCUGCUCUUCCAGGUGAUGGACUCCCAGCAGAGCAUCUCGGACCGAUACUACGUGGCGCUGUACAGGAAGCUGCUGGACCCCGGGCUGUCGUCGUCCUCCCGGCAGAGCAUGUUCCUCAACCUGCUGUACAAAUCUCUGAAGGCCGACAUCGUGCUGCGGCGCGUCAAAGCCUUCGUGAAGCGGCUGCUGCAGGUCAGCGCCGAGCAGAACGCCAGCUUCGCCUGCGGGGCGCUCUUCCUCGUGUCGGAGGUCAUGAAGGCCAAACCGGCCCUCAAGAUCCUGCUGCUGGAGGACGGGGACGAGGAGGAGGAGGCGUUCAAAGACCUCGCCGAAGAGGAUGAUGAAGAUGAAGAGGAGCGCUUUGUGGACGCAGACAAACCGGAGGAAGAAGCGAGUGCAGAGGCAGUGGAGGCAAAGCCCAGUGCAUCAUGGGUACAUCACCAGAACCUGGACGGAGGAAAGCGUCUGCAGAACUACGACCCGCUGCACAGAAACCCGUUAUUCUGCGGCGCCGACCACACGUCCUUAUGGGAACUGCAGAGGCUCUCCGUGCACUUCCAUCCUUCUGUGUCGCUGUUUGCGAAAGCGAUCCUGCAGGGAGACUCCAUCUUGUACUCCGGGGACCCGCUGCAGGACUUCACCCUCACCAGGUUCUUGGAUCGCUUCGUCUUCAGAAACCCCAAACAGCUGAAGGGGAAACAAAACACGGACGCUGCAGGGCUGACGCCCAAACAGAGAGCUCCUCUCAGCUCGUUACCAGUGAACUGUGAAGAGUUUCUGUGUAAAGAAGAGAGUCAGAUCCCCGUGGACGAAGUCUUCUUCCAUCGCUUCUUCAAGAAGCGUCAGCAGGAGAAGCAGCUGAAGAUCCGCCGGCCGCGAGGAGACGGAGACGACGACAGCGUGGAGGACGUGGACGACGAGGAGUUUGAGAAGAUGCUCGACUCGUGUGAGGGAGACUCGUACUUCACCGAGAUGGAAGACGAGCUGGACUUUGCAGGAAAUGUGAAGACGAAGAAGAAGAAGAAGAAAGACGUGGAGGAGUCGGACUCGGACGGCUCUGACAUGGACGACCUGGACGACGAGGAAGUGUCUCUGGGCAGUAUGGACGAGGAAGACUUCGGAGACGAGCUGGAGGACGAAGGAGGGACGUUCAUGGAUCCUGACGGAGGCGGAGAUGAAGACGACGAUGACGAAGUUCCACAGCUGGAGGACGAUGCAUUCGGAGAAUCAGACGAUGAGAUGGAAGUUCCUGAUAUCACUCCUCGUGCCAAGAAGGGGAAACGGAAAUCCUCCGAGGAGCUCGACUUCUCUUCAGGCACGACGCAGGCGAAGAAGAAGAAGAAGGGGAAGACAGACGCCGCCAUGUUUGCUUCUGCAGAAGAGUUCGGCUCCCUGCUGGACGAGAACGCCGGAUCCAAGUUUGACAACAUUGGACUGAACGCGAUGGCGAACACCGACAAAGCCGGCCUGAAGCAGUUGAAGUGGGAGGCGCAUCGCGACGACUGGAUGCAAGACCGCGACGACAAAACGAUGCGCAAGAAGAAGACCAUGUUCAACAAGAAGAAGACGUUCGGUCGAGCCAGGACGGGAGGCAAGACGUUCGGCGGCAAGACGUUCGGGAACAAGAAGAGGAAGAAGUAGCUGCUGCGUUUGUGGAUUGUUUUAAAAAACUGACACUUCAGUCCCGUUUGGCCGACCAGGCCUCGUGGUCUUUCUCCCGGAGGCCGUAGACGCCGGCCCACUCGUUGGACUGGUAGUAAACUGAGGAGAGAGACGAGCACAGAGUUAGUUUGACUUUUGUCUCAACGGGAGGAAAUAUGACCUGAAGAGACGUGUUUGUCGUGGUUACAGGUUUCCAUCUGCACAUCAUGUCCACAGUUCAUACAUGUACAGAACUUACAGCUCGUAACAUUUUCUGAUGCUGUUUAUACGAUUUCAUUGAGUAGAAUAAAGUGCCCAUAUCUUCAGUUCUGGUUAAAUAAACUCAUUUAAAACGGUUA